UCGGCUAUUAAAAAUAUAUAUAACAAACAUAGGUGGCGAGGUGGAGGGUGACCCCAGACUGAGGUUGGCGCUUGGACUCCGGUGUCUCCGCCUAGGUUGCUUGCAUGGGGGGCACCCUGGUAUGGGUGCUGCUGUUCCCGCUGCUGCUGCUGCUCCAUCCAGGCAGCCAGGAAUUGUCGUGCCAUGUGUUCUCGGGGGACGUGGACUGGACCAGGGAGUUCACGGACACAUGCCUGAACUUCAGUGGCCAAAGCCUGAGCCGGCUGCCUCAGAACCAGUCUCUGCAGGCCAGCAGUGUGCUUCUUCUCGACCUGUCUGGGAAUGGCCUGCGAGAGCUCCCACCGCUUUUUUUUGCUCACCUGGUAAAGCUGCAGGUCCUGGAUGUGACCAACAACCCCCUGGACCCCGUGGACAGGGCACUGGCCGAACACUGUGACCUUGACCUGAGGGCUGACUGCAGCUGUGUCCUAUUAGCCUGGCACGAGGUCCGGCGGGACAACUGCUCUGGCCCACUGCCUCUGCGGUGCCUGGAUGUGUCCACCGGCGCCUGGCACAACGUCUCUGCCUUCUUGGAAGUGGUCUGUGCCCCUCGCCUGACCAUGGCAACCAUAGGACUGCUGGUGGCCGGUGGAAGCCUGCUCCUCGUGCUUGCCGUUGCUGGCCCAGUGCUGGCCUGGAGACUCUGUAGACAUCGGGUAGACAGUACCUGGGGUGUGAGCAAAACGUGGGCUGCUCAGAAUGGUCCCAGGUCUGGCUUGGACCAGCAGCCACGGUACAGUAGCCGGGGCCUCAGCCCUCAGCUCCCAGCAGCCACCCUGCCCAGAUCUUCCACUUCUGACUAUGAGAACAUGUUUAUGGGCCAACCAGCUGCCAGGCACCAGUGGGCUGAACACAGGCCUCGCCCUUCAGAGGACAGCGACUGCUACAUGAACUAUGAGAGCCUCCACCAUGAUUCCCAGCCUGUCUACUGCAACUUGCAGUCGCUGGGCCAGGCCCCACUGGAUGAAGAGGAGUAUGUGAUCACUGGGCGCUGAGCCUUCAACAUCUCAAACUCCAGCCUACCCCCUUCCAGGUGACUCGGGGCACCCUGGAUCUUCCCUGGCCUCAGUCUUCCCAUCUGAGGAAUGGGGCCAGGGAAGGAUCAUCCUUGAGGCCCCAGGGAGGCUCUGCAGCCCCCUCCCUAGACCACUCUGCUCCUCGGGCCACUCGGCUGCUAGAAGUGGAGAAGGAGAGACCCCAACACAGGGAUGGGAGGGUCAACGUGUGAACUCUGUCAUCACCCUCCUGUUGUUGUGCAAGUAUUGCCCAAUAAAUUCUGCAGGACAGAUGAGGCUGCUGGGCUCCCAAGACAAGAGCUCUGGGACUCCCAAAUUGCUCCCAACCCGCAGUCUCUCCCCUCUGUCACUCUCAGGACCCCUUCUCAGGUGCCUGCUAUCCAGACUUGGCCCCCCAGGGCAGCCCACACUAGCCUCAAAGGGAUCCUUAUAACUCAUGAAUGGGACUGCGCCCCUCCCCUGCUCACGCACACUCUAUGGCUCCCCACUGCCCCCAGAUUCUCAGCCUGGUGGUUGAGACCUGCGUGACCCAGCCCUGCCCAACCCACUGCCCUCUCCCAUUCCUCUGCCCUUCUGGUCUGGGCCUCCUCCCCAUCAAGCUCACCUCCCUCCUGAAGCUUUCAUUUUCUCAUGCCAUUUACCCAUGCCUUUCCUUUUGCCCAGAUCGCCAUCCCCUUCCAUGUUUUCUCACUCUUAAGCAUCUAAAUACAGAAGCAGAACUCUGGUCUGGGCAUCAGGAGGCAUGGGUCCACUUCCUGACUCUGCCAUUAACCCUCUGGGCUUCAGUUCCCCCAUCUGUAAAACGAGGUGAUUAAAAUUGGCCUCUAAGGCUGUUUUAGCUCUAAUAUGCUGAGAUACCUUAACUCAUCCUUCAAGGCCCAGGUGCAAUGCCAAUGCCACUCUGAGAACCCUUCCCUGGUUCCUCCUCAGGCAGAGUUCAUCAC